AUGGCGCACGGGCAGGGUGGCAAGAGGAAGCGCGGUGAGCGUUCGUCCUGGUCUGGCGACCCGGCGAAUGUCGAGUCGCGCCCCUCUCCCCAUCGCCCUGGUGCUUUGCACAUGGCUGCGCAUGGUGGGCACCAGUCGAGCCCUCCCCGAGAGCGUCGAGGCAACCGUAAUGCCGGGGACCGCAAUCCUCGCCGUGGCUCUUACGAGAACGCCAUCUCCCCCUCUCACCCGCAAGAGGCCUCUGAAGCUACGCCCAAGUACUUCAAUGGCACUCCCCCCCCCGCUCCGACCGCGACUCCUACUCCUACCAAUACCACUGUGGAGGCCCAGUCACAGCCUCCAGCGAAUCCCGAACCUGUUCGCCCUUCCCGUGGUCCGCCUCCUCCCUACGCCUACCGUUAUCUGACGGAGGAGGUGGCUGGGUCUUGGUCGACUACGGGAAAGCAGAGCCUUGUGGAACAGGGACGUGCAGCCUGCUCGGAGCAGGAUUUCAUUGUUCUGUCCGCAAUCUACCAAGAGCUCAUUCACGCUGCUACCUGGGGUCGCCUUGCACCUGGCGAAGCAGGCAAUGCAGUGAAAGAAAUCAUUGGAGAAUACUCCGACGUCGAUAUGGAAGGCUCGGAGAGCAUGCGUCCGCCUGAAGGCUUUGACCCACGUACUUGCUUCCUCGACACCCUUUCCAUCAUUGCAGAGACCGACCCAGCCAACCCCGCUCUCAAACCGUUUGUGUUUGCUACUGGCAUAUCAGCACGACUAAUGCGACUUCUGCUCGAGGCUCCGCUGCUACAGGCACUUGGAUUGGUGCGCGAGACGUUCACACGCAUGGGAAUCCGGAAACAGACGAAUUUGCUCUACCGCCAAUCGAAUUAUAACCUUCUGCGUGAAGAAUCUGAAGGAUACUCGAAGCUCUUGACUGAACUCUUUACAACCAGCAACAAUAAUCCACCAACUGGAGUUGCCGUACAAGAGACAUUUGAAAGAGUGAAGGCCAUGAUCGGUGCAUUUGACAUGGAUGUCGGUCGAGUUCUUGAUGUGACUCUCGAUGUUUUCGCUACUGUUCUUGUCAAGCAAUACCGUUUCUUCGUUAAGCUGCUCCGCACUAGCUCCUGGUGGCCCAAGGAGGAAACCAGCGUCGUUGACUGGCAGCGACGUGCCUCUGGGCUACCCAGUUGGGCACUUCCUGGAUCAGCUGGCUGGACAACCACCCCAGAGGAACGGGCAGCUGCUACCCAUACAAAUGAAGAGCACGAUCGUCAGUUCUGGGACCGAGUGCGACAGGUUGGCAUUCAGGCCUGGUUCGAAUUAGGGCGCAAGCCGCUAUCUGAAGAAGAAAAGGCCAAGUUUGCCCCCGAGGAAGGUCUUCUCCCCCAAGAAGAAGAAGCAACAUGGGCAUGGAUCCAAGAGACCGGAACACUGCCGCCGAGUGGCAACCGCGUCGCUGCACAGCUGCUAGGUUUCAAGCUUCGAUUCUAUUCCUCACCUGCCCGUUCAAAGUCUGAUUCUCUUCCGGAUAAUCUCAUUUAUCUUGCUGCUCUACUUAUCAAAGUGGGCUUCAUCUCUCUUCGUGAUCUCUAUGCUCAUCUCUGGCGACCUGAUGACUCCAUGAAUGUCUUGAAGGACCAGAAAAUGGCCGAAAAGGCUGAAAAAGAACGAGCUUCUCGACCUGGUGGUGGUGUCAAUGCUCUCAUGCUGGCUGGUGCGUUGUCUGAUGAUACCGUUCCACCAGUGCCUCGUGUUCGUGAACAAGAGCCUCGAGUGGCUACUCCAAAGGAUCAAGACACCGAUAAACAGACCCCUGCCAAAAGUGAAGAAGAUUUGCCAGAGCCCUCAGAUCAAAAAGUUCUGCUACUGAAGAGUCUUCUGGCUAUUGGUGCUAUCCCAGAAGCGUUGUUCAUUAUCAGUAAAUUCCCGUGGCUGAUGGAUGUCUACCCUGAGCUUCCCGAUUUCAUUCACAGAAUCCUCCACCACUCUUUGAGCAAAGUCUACGAACCCCUACGUCCUCUCUAUCGCAAAGGUGGCAGCUCCAUGGAAAGGCCAGUGAUUGCUGCGGAGCAAAGCCAUAUGCCCAAGGGACACAUUCAACUUACCUGGGCUCCCGCGAGACGAGUUCUUCGCUGGGCCCAGCUGGACAAGGAGGACAACGAUGGCACACACUAUCGCUUCUACUGGGAAGACUGGUCUGACACCAUUCCUGUCUGUCAAUCUGUCGAUGACGUGUUCGCACUCUGCUCUUCAUUUCUCAACCUCUCAGGCCAUAAGAUCGGACAGGACUCCCUCUUGCUCACAAAGAUUGUCCGAAUUGGCAAACACAGUCUAUCUACAGACGCUUCUGCGGAGAACAAAACCCGCUGGCGAGAGCUUUGCAAACGUCUGCUGCUGCCUUCUGUGAGUUUGACAAAGGCAAAUCCAGGCGUCGUCAAUGAGGUAUUCGACCUUAUCAGCUGCUUCCCACGUGACGUCCGAUACAACCUGUAUGCUGAAUGGUAUUCUGGCCAAACGUCCCGAUUGCCAGAUAUCAAGUCUGCCUUCGAUCGAGCCAGGGCAGAGACAAAAGAUGUCUUGAAACGUCUCAGCACGACCAAUGUCAAGCCCAAGGCUCGAUCUCUUGCAAAGAUUGCAUAUGCCAACCCUGGAGUUGUGAUCAACGUCGCGAUCAGCCAAAUCGAAUCGUAUGACAACCUCAUUGAAGUUGUUGUCGAGUGUGCGCGUUAUUUUACCCCUCUUGGUUAUGAUAUUCUGACCUGGUCUCUCAUCAACUCUCUUGGCCAGAAGGGAAGAAGUCGUGUCCAGGAGGGUGGUCUUCAUACCAGUCGAUGGCUGAAUGCCCUUUCUACCUUUGCAGGUCGAGCGUUCAAACGUUACUCGAUCAUGGACCCAGCACCCGUGCUGCAGUACGUCGCUGAGCAGCUUCGUCGCAAUAACUCCACCGAUCUUAUUGUUCUGGAGCAAAUUGUCAGCUCGAUGGCUGGAAUCAUAACCGACAAUACUUUCAAUGAUAACCAGCUUAAAGCGAUGGCAGGUGGACAGCUCCUGCAAUCGCAAACACUCUUGCAGCUGCUUGAUAAGCGACAUGAAUCGGGAAUCAGCGCGAAACGUCUUGUCAAGUCUUUGACGCAGACUCAAAUGGCUGGGCAACUGCUGAUUGCCAUUGCUCAAGAGCGACGGACUUGUGUUUUCAAGGAAACGUCGUCAGAAUUGAAGUUACUUGGAAACAUCUUUGAUGAAAUCCAUCGCAUUCUGACCCAAUACCUUGAUCUUCUUCGCAGCAGCCUCACCGUGGACGAGUUUGACUAUUUCGUGCCUAAUUUUACAUCGCUCGUGCGAGAGUUCGGCCUUGAACCCGAAAUUGCCUUCUGGAUCCGUCGAGCGAGCAUUUCCCACAAACUUGUAGAUGCUGAGAAAUCAAAAGAAGGAUCCCCCUCAGCAUCAACCAAGAAGCAGAUCGAGAACGGGACCCACGCACCGCAGGCUGAGCACGACAUGAAAAUGGAAGACGUCGAUAAUGAGACCACUGCCAAGCCAGAAGAACAGAUAGUGGAAUCCGCUAUGGAGGUCGAUAAGGAUGAACCUUCACCUGCCACUCCGGCGACUCCCACAACUCUUGACCCUCAUUCUACAAACCCUGUGAUGCAGGAUUUGAUUGACAACGUCAAGAAUGCGUUGCCUACUGAGACCUGGGAGGUGGUAGGUGCGCAUUUCUAUGCUACUUUUUGGCAACUCUCACUCUACGAUGUUCACAUCCCUGGAAAGUCGUAUGAGGAGGAGAUUGACCGACUGAAGCGACGUAUCACCGCAAUCAACAACGAUCGCUCCGAUCUCAGCAUGGCCGGUACCCAACGGAAAGAGCGCGAAAAGAAGCAGAACACUCAACUGCAAGAGCGUCUUCUUCAGGAAAACAAAACCCACUUGACUGACUACGCCCGGACUCGCAAGAGAUUGCAGAAGGAGAAGGAUCAGUGGUUUGCGAGUAUGCGCCGUAACUACGAUGCGCUGAACACUUCGUUGUUGGAACAAUGUUUCAUUCCUCGAAUUAUGUUGUCCCCUAUUGAUGCCUUUUUCUCAUUCAAAAUGUUGAAGGUUCUUCAUAACUCUGGGACCCCCAACUUCCGGACUAUGGGCCUGAUUGAUCAGCUGUUUCGUGAACAGAGACUCUCUGCUCUCAUCUUCCUUUGCACCUCGAAGGAAGCUGACAACCUCGGUCGGUUCUUGUGUGAGCUCCUUCGUGAUCUCGGGAGAUGGCACGCCGACAAAGAUGUUUACGAAAAGGAGGCAUUCGGUGCCAAGAGGGACCUUCCUGGUUUCGCAAAGAGCGUGGACCCUGAGGGUGUACCGACCAAUUUCUUAGAAUUUGAAGAUUUCCGUCGGCUUCUCUACAAAUGGCACCGACUUUUUGGCAAUGCAUUAAAGGCAUGCCUCAGCGGUGGCGAAUACAUGCACAUUCGCAACGCUAUUAGCAUUCUGAAAGCUGUUGUCGAGCACUUCCCCGCGGUGAACUGGAUUGGCCGCGACAUGCUGAAUUGUGUCAACUACCUCGCCAUAAAUGAUGAAAGAGAUGAUGUCAAAAUUCCUGCUGCAUCUCUUAUCGGCUCCCUGAACAGACGUGAAAAGAAGUGGAUGCUUCCGCAAGCAUUCAACCUGGUUAAAGUCCAAAACGAUGCCGGCCAGCCCAAGUCUGGCUCGCAAGCCCCGGGGACACCUCAACCGCAGUCUUCAUCCCCUACAUCUCUUAACGCUAAGGCGACUGAAUUCAAACCGUCUAAUCAAGACACCUUGGCUGCUUCCAACCCUGAUGGGGAUUCGAAAAUGGAAGUCGAGGAUGGUGAAAUCGAAGAUGCCAAGAUCAACGAAUCGCAUGAGACGAAGGCAACAGAUAAUUCGACCACCUCCAAUGAGCAUCCCUCUGAAUCAGCAAACGCAUCUGCUGCUAUCGACACAGGCGCCGAUGCAAUGAUGGCUGAUCGUCCGGCGUCUGAACGUAAUUUAGACCCGUCGUCCCGACCCAGACCGGUCUCUCAAACUCGGGAGCCUGGGCGUGGAAAUGAUGCCCCCAAGCGGCGUCAAGAGGAACGGCCAAAUCCACGAGCGCAAGCCAAACGUCCGCGUCUUAGCGAAGGAAACAGACUUCCACCAAGGCCCGAGCUGAUGGACACACGGCAUGACAAUCUUCCUGACUUCAACCCUCGUACUCGUCACAGCAACCUUGAUCAUACCCGCUCUUUCGAUGGCCCACUGGGCAAUGAUUCUCGUGGUCGUGGGAGAGGAGGCGAUCGCGACCGUGACUUUGCCAUGCGGCCUUUGCCAGAUGACCCCAUGCACAGUUCUUAUCAUGAGAACCGACCACCACGAGACCAGGACUGGUCGAUGGAUCGACCAGGACGCAACCGCUCUUCGGAAUCUUUCCACGGCCGGGAUGUAACUGGGCGUAACGAGCUUAUGCCCGAUUUUGCCGACAGGUCUGCUGAUGGUCCUCGCCGUGGAGAAUCCAUGCGCUCAGAGAAAGACGAUCGUCGAAGCUUCACUCGCAUGUCACCUCCCCGUGCCGACCUUCCGAAUCGCCCAGAACGGUUCCCUAGUGACCGAAGGCUGGGCAACUCAUCACAACAAUCUCGCCCUGACGAUUUCCCUCGAGGCCCUCGCAAUCCAGGCGGUGACUCUAGAGACUCCGCAGCAGCGCCUGAUAUGGAGCAUGGCCGCUUACGCCCCCCUGAUACACUCGACAUCCCAAUUGGCCCCCGUAACCGAAAUACCAACCGUGGCGGACGCAAUGCCCCCAAUGCCCCCGUUGCCCCAGGGUCCAGCAACGCUACCAGACUUCCUAGCCCGGAUCGCCAGAUGCCAACAGGCUCUGCUCGAAAGGAUGGCCGCGGAGAUCGUGAUCCCUCUCCUACCCAAGCUCCUGCCAGUCCAGAACCCGCUGGAAUCCACCCCGACAGACUCAAACACAUCAUUACCGACUCCCCUGCUUCAAAACAGGCAGGGACUGCCAUGACACCCCCCUCCGGUCCUCGCAGCAGACCGGGUAACCAACAAAACCCCCGUGGGUCCCGUGGUGACCGAAACCGUGGCGGCGGCGGCGGCGGCGGCGGCGGCGGUGGGGGUAGCGACAAGCGCUUCUCCGCGCUUACGGGUAUGCUUCAGCAAAACUCCGAAUCACCAGCUGCUACCACUCCGCCUACUCGAGGCCGAGGAUCUGGUAGACAAUCCGCCAAUGCCCCAGAUGCCUCACCGGGCAAUCCUCGUUCUGGGGAUCUGAUAGAUGACGCUGGCCCCAACGACAACCGCCGUGGAGGCCGCAAUGACGACCGAGGGCGGGACCGCGAUCGUGAGCGUCGGGGCGACGACCCUCCCAACAACGGAAACAACCGUCGUGAAGAUCGACGAGAGCGAGACCGGAACCGUCGCAGCGAUGUUGGUGGUGGCAAUGGGCCUCGGGAAGACAAUCGAGAGCGCCAGGCCGAGUCUCGUGAGAGCCAGCGCCGGAACCCAGGCUCGCGCGAGGAGAUGCGACGCCGAGACCGGCGCGAUCGAGACGACGGACCACCAGAGAGUGGUGCUACUCCUGCCAGCGUAAGCAAUGAGAGCGAUGAUCGUGAACGAGACCGACGCGGUGAUCGGGGCCGGGACCGUGACCACCACCGUGACGGCAACCGGUCUGGUCAUCGCAAACGAGGGCCUCCUAACCAGGAUGACGGUACUGGUGAUGGGCCCUCACGUGGACAGCGCACGGGAGGCGAGAACAAACGCCCGCGUCGAGGACAGUGA